AACUGUAAAUAAAUGGAACCUGUCAAUAAAAAAGCAAAAAUGGUUAACGACAGCAAAUUCAAGCAAAAUAAGAAGAAAUAUUUCCAGCAGAGCAAGAAGCAGUUACUGCAGGCUGGCCUGCGAGGCUUUCUUGUUACCUGCAACAUGAAUGAAAAGGCAUGUGUACGUGAGUGCUACAAUCUGUUGAACCACUACGCCGACAACUUGUACGGACCAGAAGCGCCAGAAGCUGGUGAUAAACCGCAGCAGCAGACAUCACCUAAGGAAGCUGAUUCUGACAGCGAUGACUUGGAAGCUGCUGCAGCCAAAUGCCGUGAGGCUGUGAAGCAACGCAAGGUGCGCUUUCAAAACGUGGACACAGGAACCCAAAACUGUUUGUUUAUACGCACACAGCUGGAAGAUCCAGUGGGGAUGGGCAAGCAUAUAGUGACAGAUAUUGCAACCACUGGCAAAGCCAUGUCACGCUUUGUCCUGCGCCUGGUACCCAUUGAGGCAGUAUGCCGCGCCAAUAUGCAGGACAUUAUAAACGCAGCUGGCACACUAUUUGAUAAGCACUUUCUGAAGGAGCCCACCACAUAUGGCAUUAUUUUCAAUCAUCGUUACAAUCAAAAGAUUACGCGUGAUCAGAUCAUCAAGGAUCUUGCUGAACUGGUCAACUCAAAGAAUAUAGGCAAUAAGGUGGAUCUGCAGCAUGCCAAGAAGUCAAUUAUUGUGGAGGUGCUGCGUGGAUGGUGCCUGCUCAGCGUCAUUGACAACUAUCUGGAGUGCAAAAAAUACAAUCUAGCGGAGUUGGCAAAUCCUGGCAGCACACAGGAGAACUCACAUGGCAAGAGCAACCAGCAGGAGCAGCAGCCUGAAACGCAAGCCAUAGAAACUGUUGUAGCCGACGCUGCUGAAUAA